GUGAAGACAAUCCCACCGUCACUAAUGACAACAACACAUCAUCCAUCUACACAUUCACUACACAGAAGUAACACACAGACAACCGGGUCUGAUUCAUCACAAACCACACCAUUCAACCCAUAUCACCUAUACCAGACAUCCAAUAUGAUGUCUCCCACUCUCAAUCAGUCAUUCAAUAUCCCACUCACUCACAGUACUCAUCUCCAACACCACAAUACACCCGAAUUCACCUGCAAUACUCCAUUCCAGCAGUCGGAAUGAACACAUCGAAUGAAUUGAAGGCAACACUGGAGACACUGAAAAACCUCAAGUAUUUCUAUCCUCCAUCACAAAUCAAUAUUCCACCGACCAGCACAUUGAAGAAUGUCAAUGACACAUUGACAGAUUUAUUCUAUGCUAAUUUAAUGCACCUGUUACACAACAACAGUCAAUCAUCAGUUACUCCACAUCCUGAGGAUCACUUGACAUCCUAUGAACAUACUAGGCGAUCAGAUCAAUCGACUCAUCUCAGUUGUGGCCACAAUGAUUGUGAUGGGAAUGAUGAGAAGUCUCGGAGUGAUUCAUCCAAUCAGACACUUUCACAGGAACACUCUCAUCCACGUGUGAUGAAUGUCAGUUUCAAUGUGGCCAAUCUGAUCGACCAUCAAAAUCAUCAUGAUGCCACUUGUGACAAUGAUGACGGCAACGACAACGAUGUUGAUGGUGAGGACGAAAAAAGCACCUCAGAAGGGAAGAUCACAGAUGAUAAUCAUAGAGAAUAUGACUCUCUGAAUAGACAAUCUGUCCCUUCCCAGAAGUACUCAACUACACCUAAUCAUCAGUUGUUAGAUAUGGAGGAUGAAUUGAUGUUGUCAGUGUCGAAUAAUAAUUCUUCAGCGUCAAGUAAUACAGAGAGUCCAUUAGAUUAUUCAUUAAUUAAAUAA